AUGACAGACACAAUUCUCAAUCGGAUUGUGGAUUUUGCCGAGAAGCUGGAGACAGCAGAGGACAUAGAGCAAGAGCUCAGCGAGUGGAACAAUGUACAUUGGUAUGGUGCACAACUACUUGCGCUGCUCAAUGACUACUGCUCCUCUCCUUCCAUGCCUCCACCUCCACUCCUUCUGCCUGUGCCUGAGCCAGAACAGCUUUGUGUUCACAGUACAAAUGAUAGCUCCUCCGCUCCUCUUCUGGCCAAUGCUGAGCAGAGCAAAAAACAAGCACCGCCUCAUUGCAGCAACUGUGGAGAGGUCAGUCCUUAUACUGCACGACCUACAGAGAAUAACAAGAGCAAGUGUCUUGUGCACCCAGAACAUCCCACCAACAACGAGUCGUCACCUCAGUGUGACACUCCUGCAGCCAAUACUACCCUUGCUUUAUCCGCAUCUGUGCAUAGCAGACCACCAGGUAGUCUUUCCGACGAUGAAUGA